CUGGACUGUUUUGUGCGGAUGUUGGACACAGCGGCUGCCAGCCCGAGAGACGGUGCAGGCGGCCAAUGAGUGGACGACACUCGAACGGGAAAUCAACAUUAAAGGAUUUAGAAGUGUUGAUAUACACGAUAUACCCGCGGAAUCACGAGGACUUAACGUUAGCGGCCAAGCGGAGGCGAGGUGGAAGCAGGACAGCCGAGGAAGGGACUGAGCCACAGUCUCGGAACCCAGCCACCAGCAAUAGAACCGAAUCAAGCAGAACCCGAGAAGACUUUAAGACGCUGGUCCACCCGACGGGGCUCCUGGUCCCAGGAAGAGUCACCAUGUCCCGGAGGAAGCAGAGCAAACCCCGGCAGAUAAAGCGUUCCCUUGGUGAGCUAGACAGCAACGAUGACAGCACUCUUGACGACCUGAGCCUUUCGGGGGAGGAGGCAGAGGCCUCAGACCCAGAUGAUUCAGCAGAGGGUGAAAGCAGCACUCCUCCAUCAUACAAUGAAGAGUCCGGGACGCAGGACACACACGGAGGCCCUGAAGAAGAUGGGGAAGAGCAAGGUCUCGCACAGAGUGGUGGGAAAGAAGAUGAGGAGGGGGAGGAAGAGGAUAAAGUGUUGCAUUGGAGUGGUCCCGAUGAGCUGGAGUUCGGUGGAGAAGGCAGUGGUAGCAGGGUCGUGGCUCGCCGGGACCUUCAUAUAGACACAAAGUGGGGGCCCUUUCCUGGGAUAUUCCAAUUAGAAGGCAGCACAGAUGAUGCGGAGUCAGAGAAUUCAAGGUGGGCCUUGGUGUGUGAUGACCCAGAUUGUUGGAUCACCUGUCUUGCUUUGACGACUGACCCAUCAGAUGCAAACUGUGCGAUCUAUAGCCAAGGUGAGGAGCUAUUCUGUAAGGUGACCAAAGAAAUCUUAGUGGGGGAAAGACUCCUGGCCACACCGUUGCUUCCUCCAAAACCCUCAUCCCCUGUGGGCAGGGCUUCGCCUCUACUCAACCUUGUUAGCCAGAAAACUUCAGUGGUAAAGGAGGAGCCACCUUAUCCUGCAGCGCUUCACACGGACAUCCAGCUCCUCCCACAGCAAGCGGGCAUGGCCGCUAUUUUAGCCACUGCUGUAGUCAAUAAGGAUAUUUUCCCAUGCAAAGACUGUGGGAUUUGGUACAGAAGUGAAAGGAACCUGCAAGCCCACCUCAUGUACUACUGCGCCAGCCGACAGAAACAGCCGGCUGCCGCUUCAACCCCACCACAAGACAAACCCAAGGAGUCCUACCCCAAUGAGCGUGUAUGCCCCUUUCCUCAGUGCAACAAGAGCUGCCCCAGUGCAAGUUCACUGGAGAUUCACAUGCGUACACACAGUGGUGAGCGUCCAUUUGUCUGCCUCAUCUGUCUGUCGGCCUUCACCACAAAAGCAAACUGUGAGCGCCAUCUGAAGGUCCACACUGACACACUAAACGGUGUGUGUCAUGGCUGUGGCUUCGUCUCGACUACAAGGGAUAUUCUUUACAGCCAUUUAGUCACGAGUCACAUGGUGUGCCAGCCUGGAUCUCGCAGUGAGGUCUACUCCCCUGGGCCAGGCCUUCCUAAACUGCCCUCGUCUGUUGUUCUCAGCCCAGGAGACUCUGGCGUGGUGCUAAAGUGUCAAGUCUGUGGCCACAACUCUGAAUCCCCUUCCCAGCUGCAGCAGCAUGUACAAACCCACUUAGAAGUGCGAGUCCCGACUGAAAGGAGCCCCACCCCUCGUCAAAGUACCCAAGUUGACCAGCUUCAAUCAUCUACACCUGAGGGAGAGCCUCUAGGCUGUGUCCCUAAGCCAGAUUCAUCCAGCCCUGGUGCUAAUGGGGGCUCUGCGACUCCACGAGGCUGCAGUCUCUCUGAUGUUCAAACCAACAACAACCUUAAGAUCAAGGAAGAGCCUCAAUCAGAAUCUGAGGCAGAAGAGCAGAUGGAUGUUAAAGAGCGUAGCGAGAAAGCUGGCCAAAAAUCAGAGGGGACGACAAAUGAGAGUCAAAUUACGAACCUAAUUUGUCAAACAUCAAAUUCUCCAAAGAGCCCUGCUACCACAGUAGUAAAAGCAGAACCAACGAGUCCCACUCCUGGUUGUAGCCCAACUCAUAUUGGCGGUGCUGGCUCAGUUUUCCCAAGUGGAUCAAUGUUUUUGCCUCAGUACAUGUUCAACCCCGAAACAGCCAUUUUGCCCCAGGCCUCAGAGAUCCUGGCUAAAAUGUCUGAGAUGGUUCACAGUCGACUGAAGCAGGGUCAGACAGUUCCUCAGAACACCCCAACCGCCUUCUUCCCCUCUGCGCCAACCGUUCCAACAGCCACGGCAACUCCGCCUCAAAAAGGAGCCACCUGCUUUGAGUGUGACAUUACAUUCAACAACAUAAACAAUUUCUAUGCACACAAGAGGCUUUACUGUUCCAGUCGACACCACGGAGAAGGAGCCACCUCAGCUUCAGAUCCAGGAUCAGCAAGGGAUACUCCCCCAGCCACGGUGCCUUCUAGAAAGGCACAAGAUUCAUCAGCAUCUCCUCGUGAUGGAGCAGUGAGCAGAGCGGCUUCGGCCUCACCUUCUGACACUGACCCGGCGGCAGAAAGCGUAGCAACAGAAGUGAGGAGAGUUUUGGAAGUGAAGACCGAAACGCCAUCAGGCAAGGAAGGAAUGUCGUCCUCUUCUGAAGGGGAGGGUAUAGGCAGUGGAGGAGGAAGAACAAGUGAGGAUAGCCAGAGUCCUGUCAGUGGGUCUGUUGAAGACCUGGAAGAUGAUCCCAACCGAACCUUUUGUGAGGCCUGCAACAUCCGCUUCAGUCGCCAUGAAAACUACACUGUUCACAAACGCUUCUAUUGCGCUUCACGCCACGAUCCAUCCAACCAGCGAUCCACACACAUGGCCAAGGCAAGCACCACAGCAGCCUUCCAUCCCCAGCCAUUCCGCACACGCAAGAGGAAGAAGAUGUAUGAGAUUCACAUGGCAAGAACUGAAGCCUUAGCCGCUGCCGCUGCCACUGUUGCUGCCGCUGCCUCCGCUCCAUCUCCGUCAGUUCUUGGCCUGGCGGUGAAACAAGAAGUUUCUCCCAAUGGCGGAGGCAACUCCAGCCCUGAAGGAGAUGGUCCGAUUGAUUUGAGCAAAAGGCCUCGCCUUGUAGAACUUCCACGGGACAGUACUAGCGGUAUUCUUCCCGUGUUGCCGCUCACUGAUUACCACAAGUGCACCGCCUGUAGUAUCAGCUUCAACAGCAUUGAAAAUUACUUGGCACAUAAAACCUACUAUUGCCCUGCCACCAGCCUCCAAAAGCACACCUUAGAGCAGCUCCACAGGCUCAAAAGAUCGGCCUCUACCUCUCCCAAAAGAAAGUCUCACCAGGAACGCCAAGAUCUUCUGCAUCCAAUAGAAGCUAAGGCGCUCCCUGCAGAGUGGAUUAGACAAGCUCAAGGUUCCUCGCCUAGUCCGCACAUCUCAGCCUUACCUGCCUCGGAUGCCACGUCUCCACCUGAUACAGCAAGCACGCUUGCAGCGACACCGGGAGCGGGCGCCAAAAGUGGUAGCACGGCUUCUUCUCAGAUGGUCUGUCCGUAUUGUCCUAGCAGGACCAUCACAUGUGAGCUAAUUGAGCAUUUCAAGACUAUGCAUGGUCUGGUUGUAUCAAAGAAGUCACUCCAAGAGGCUCAACCCCAUCAAGGCAGACUAGUUAGUUCCAGUUCCAGCCUUAGUCCCAAAGAUGGAGUCACAGCCACCACCUCCAAUAAUCCAAGAUCAGGCUCUCACAUUCACAGAGAUACUACUAAUGGGAAGGCAAGUAGUGAAACCACUUCUCCCUCCUCUCCUCUGGCAAAUGGAAGCCCCUCAGGUGGGAGUGAAUCCCCAUCAGCCGGUUUACCUUUACCCAUAUCCCCCUCAGGGGCUCCCCCUCUGACUUUGUCACCUGUGCCUGACCUCCGAAAAGAGACAGUUGGUACAUCCCUAAUUUCAGACAAGGCUUCGCCAACUGUUGCCUCCCAUUCCCUCUCUGCACCCCAAACUACUGCCAUCCCCGGUCCUAAAAGCCCGGUCAUCUCGCCGGUCCAGAACGGUAACUCCCGCUUCUGCCGGCUGUGCAACAUUAAGUUCAGCAGCCUCUCCACAUUCAUAGCUCAUAAAAAGUACUACUGUUCCUCCCACAGUGCUGAACACGUCAAGUGAGCUGGGUAUUUUUUCCUUCCUGAGUGAGUAGACGCUACUCCUCAAUUCUCUCCAAGAAAGCCCCCAUUCCCCUUUUCUGCUGUCAGUCCUCCCAGACUGGUGCCAAAGUUGCACUUAGCUGGCAUGACCAUUAUCUGAAAGAAUGGCUGUUACUCCUCAGCAGGACCUGAUGUUUCUUUGCCCCUGAGCAGACUUUGCCAGUGGUGUUACUAAAGAUUAUUUUUCCUCACCUGUGGGUCUGCAAGUACACUAUGAGGUGAAAUGGAGCCUACCUGUUUGUCUACCUGCGCACUAAGGUGUGCCCUCGUCCCCUAGGUCAAUAACUUGCCACCAAUUUAACAUUUCCCAACUUCUCAAUAUUCCGCAUUGUGGGACGUUAAAAAGUUCUCUGUGAAAACGCUUAGUCUGUCUCUUCUUGUCGGAAAAACUCCAGUUCUAUUUUGGCAAUUGACUGAAGUGAUCGUACAGGUCCAGAACUAAACAGCGAAAUAAUAUCCCUUGUAUGGAAAGACUUGAUCACGUUUAAUGUUUUUAUUAUCUGUGUAUAGUCUAUGAUGUCUAAAGAAAAAUUCUAUAAUUCAUUUGGUUUCAACACUGGCUCUUUUACGCUAAUUUUAAAAAAGCGGAAGCAAUUUUUAGUUGAAAAGAAAAAAUAUGUGGUAUGGAAUGUUAGUAAUUACUGAAGGAUAUUUCACAAUAGAAUUUUUUUUUUUUUCAUAUACACAUGUUUUUAUUUUCUCUUAAAUGCAAGGGAGAGACAAAUGUGAAAUAUUUAUCUUGUAGUCCUCACUGAUUUCAUGUCAACAAAAAACUACCUACAUAUUGUGGAAGAGUAUUUUUAUUUGUUAUUUACUUAUUCUCAUGCUGUUAGAAGGAACUGUGUGGCUCUCGGUGUGAUGAAGUAUUUCUAGUGUAGAUAUCUAAUAUCUUCUCCCUGGGACUACGUCGGAUGUCAUUUUCAUGGAAGCCUUCAUUUGUUGUCUUUAUGUACUCUUUAUUUGACGGUGAUUCACCAGCAGCACCAUUAGAACCAUCACAAGACGUCAGAGUGCGGUUCUUAUAAUGAAGUCUCCUUCCAAUAGGCUAUAAUAGUCUCAUCCAGAAAGCUGGCUUUAUGUACCUGCAUCAUUUUAUUUGUCUUUUAAUGGAAUAUGAAGAAAAUCCACCCAUGCCUUCAAAGUUGAAUAUACUUUGUCAAAUAUUUUCCUGUCUCUUGCUUGCAUUUGCAUCCAGCGAAGAAUAGGGCAUGACCCACCUCACGCACUUCAGAACAAACACACAGUGGUUCCUCGGUUUUUGUUUGGUACCUCGGUUUUUGUUUGGAACCCAAAUCGUAUGAAAACAGAACAUAAUUGUUCCCAUAAGAAAUAAUGCAAAUCCAAUUAAUUUGUUCGAGACACUCAAAAAUGUGAACACAAAACAGUUAUAGUUGAACAUGUAUAAUAAUUAAUGCCUAAUCAAAGUGAUAAGUCAACAUUUAACACCCCUUUUACCUUUUUUGAAGACUCUUGUUGUAAACAAAUUGGUCUCAUGUUACAUUCUUACUCAAUAAAAGCACAGACUUGUGGUGUAACUUGUAACGGCAGAGUCUAUUAGUGAUGGUGUCACAGAGCUGGGGUAGAAUGACUUCUGUGUGAGGAGUUAUGACACAUUUUGUCAUAACAGUCAUGGUAUGAACACAUUUGGACACACUAGUAAACUAAUAAGACCGCACUUUGCUCUCCAUCCCGCAGAAUAGUACGCGGGCAAACUGACUAGUUUCUUAGACCCUGUUUGGCCAUACGCUAACCAAGACGGUAUGCAAAAACUGGGGAAAAUCUUUGGUGAAAACUUGGCGUGGUGCACAAAAACAAAGUUACCACUAUAGGGAUGGGUACUGAAUUCAAUACUUAUGUAAGUACCGACCUAAUUCUGUUUGUAUUAUGAAGAUGGAUGUUGCUUGUGCAACAUCCAUCUUCUUCCGCUUAUCCGAGGUCGGGUUGCAGGGGCAGCAGCCUAAGCAGGGAAGCCCAGACUUCCCUCUCCCCAGCCACUUCGUCCAGCCGGUCCUGGGUCUUCCCUGUGGCCUCCUACCGGUCGGACGUGCCCUAAACACCUCCCUAGGGAGGCGUUCGGGUGACAUCCUGACCAGAUGCCCGAACCACUUCAUCUGGCUCCUCUCGAUGUGGAUGAGCACGGCUUUACUUUGAGCUCCUCCCGGAUAGCAGAGCUUCUCACCCUAUCUCUAAGGGAGAGCCCCGCCACCCGACGGAGGAAACUCAUAUCGGCCGCUUAUACCCGUGAUCUUGUCUUUUCGGUCAUACCCAAAGCUCAUGACCAAAGGUGAGGAUAGGAACGUAGAUCAACCGGUAAAUUGAGAGCUUUGCCUUCCGGCUCAGCUCCUUCUUCACCACAACGGAUCGAUACAGCGUCUGCAUUACUGAAGACGCCGCACCGAUCCGCCGGUCGACCUCACGAUCCACUCCCCCCUCACUCGUGAACAAGACUUCGAGGUACUUGAACCCCUCCACUUGGGGCAGGGUCUGUGUUUGUAUGACCGCUUGGAGUCAAAUCAAACAGUGCCAAUGUUUGACACCUGGGUUCAACGUGACGUCACGGCCAGUUGCAGACUCGCUGGCUUAAACUCUUGCUGCAUUUUUCCGUGCCAACAAGGCAACCGUGUUUCAUAGAAAGUGCUCAACGAUAAGGUUCCACUUUUCAACUUAGCUUGAUGCUAAUUUUUAUUAUUAGCCUUUAUUUAACCAGGUAAAAUCCCAUUGAGAUCAAAGAUCUCUUUUCCAAGGGAGACCUGGCCAAGAGGGCAGCAGCAAGGUUACAUUAAAAACAGUAAACAAAUACAUAAAACAUCACAUUUACGACAUUAAAACUUGCUCACAUAACACAUGUGCAUACAGACAAGGUAGACUGCAGUCCUUUCACAGAAGCUUUAAACUCAUUCAAGGGUUUGAAGUUUAAUAUUCGAUUGUAGGUUAUUCCAAGCCUUCGCUGCUGAAAACCUAAAUGCUUUCUUGCCCAUAAAUGGUAUAUGCAAUAUACAUGCUACUGAUGAGCAUUAGCACCUCCCAAUUUGAUCAUCAAAACUUGACCAAACAGCUGGUGUCUGACUGGCACAUACAACUUGAUGAAUAGACUACUUCCUGGUUACGGCAGCACAUCCAUCCAUCCAUCCAUCCAUUUUCUACCGCUUGUCCCUUUUGGGGUCGCGGGGGGUGCUGGAGCCUAUCUCAGCUGCAUUCGGGCGGUAGGCAAGGUACAGCCUGGACAAGUCGCCACCUCAUCGCAGUACGGCAGCACAGCUGGGACACAUUUGGAUAAAAGAAUACUGGCAAAUGACAGUCCGAAGUGUAAGAAAACAAUAUAUAACAACUGGACAAUGCAGCUGAGAUAGGCUGCAGCACCCCUCCACGACCCCGAAAAGGACAAGCGGUAGAAAAUGGAUGGAUGGACAACACAGUUAUUAGUAUUAAAUUUUUUGUUUUUCAAUCAAACAAAUGAACAUUUAUUAAAAUUGUGAAAGGUGCCCAUCCCUAUGCCACUGUAAUUAUUUCAGAAUUAAUUGAUUUUAUUUGCUGUUGACGAUAUUUAACAUUUCAUUUGGCCCAAGUUGAGAUUGUAAUUAAAGUUAUUAAUAGUCUGUGUGGCAUUUGAUCCACCCCUUCAGAGUAAAAAAAAACAUUUUGACUAACAUCAAAAGGCCUAAAAAACAUGAAAUCUUCACAAAAAAGAAAAAAAAAUGGUAAAUGGGUUAUACUUGUAUUGCGCUUUUCUACCUUCAAUGUAUUUCCACAUUCACCCAUUCACACACACAUUCACACACUGAUGGCGGGAGCUGCCAUGCAAGGAUCUAAUCACGACCCAUCAGGAGCAAGGGUGACGUGUCUUGCUCAAGGACACAACGGACGUGACGAGGUUGGUAGAAGGCGGGGAUCAAACCAGGAACCCUCAUGGUUGCUGGCACGGCCACUCUCCCAACCUUUGCCACGCCGUCCCCGAACUUCACACAUCUCAAAACGUUCUCCUAUAUUUCCUACUAGCUCUGUUUCAUCCCCAUUGACCUGAUAUGACGUACGGAAAGUCUGGUGUUGGUCUGACACUAAAAGCGGAACCCAGUUGUAACAGUUCUCCCCAGUUAUUAGUCCUCCCUGGUUUGCGACAAGUCAUCCAACAUUAUUCAUUUAAGAAAUGAACAGAAUUUCUGAUUGAUGGAAUAUUGUCCUUUUUUUUUUUUUUGGUCUAUUUUCCCCGCUGUGUUUAUUGCAUCACAUUUUCUGAAUGUUUUUGCUUUAGGGAAUUUUCCCUGCCACUAUAUUUAUUUUAUGCAGCACUUUCAUCCGUCAGACAAACGAAACAAUUAUUGUUCUUUCACGAAGGACUUCCCUAAUUCUAAAGGAAUGGAUGUCAAAACUUUUUUUUAUUUUUCAUAUAUUCCAAGCUUGUCCAAACUAUGCAUGGGAAAAUAAAAAACACAACAUUUCUGAGAAGUGUUUUUUUGUGGUCGUCAGCGCCUACUCGCACUUUUCAUCAGAAGCCUGAGUGGCGGACCUUGAGUUGGAUGAUGAUUACGUGUGAAAGUGUCAAUA